AUGCGCCGUUUCUCCACGCGUGCGUUGCUUCAAGCAAAGCCUCCGCUUCUUUCCGCCAGACCCCUCCCCCUCUUUGUCUCCGCCCCUCGCUCAGCUCCAACUCCGAGCCUGCUCUCUCGCCCUCGUUCCAUUCCAUCUCGAUCCUCCCGUUCACCCCUCUCGCAGACCUCCAAGCGCUACUGCUCCUACCGCAGAAUGUGCAGCUCCCGGCGCGACGAGUCCUCGGGCUCGACCAAUGUCCAAGGCCGUCAAGUCCUCCCUACUAACGUGAAGCCGGUGCACUACGAUCUGACCCUCGAGCCGGACUUCAAGACCUUCAAAUACAAUGGAACCGUAGUGAUUGACCUCCAGGUCAACGAGGACACGGACUUCAUUUCCCUCAACUCCAAUGAGAUCGAAAUUCACAGUGCCGUCGUUCACUCCAAGGGCUCGGUGAUCGAGUCGAAGCCUGAAAUCGCCUUCAACAAGGACAGCCAGGUCGCCACCAUCCAGCUCAACCAGGCUAUCUCCGCCGGCGCCGAUGCGCAGCUAACCCUCACCUUCACCGGUAUCCUGAACGACAACAUGGCUGGCUUCUAUCGGUCGGCAUACAAAAAGGAUGGCAAGACCGAGUACAUUGCGUCAACCCAGAUGGAGCCCACCGAUUGCCGCCGUGCCUUCCCGUGCUUUGACGAGCCCGCUCUCAAGGCCAAGUUCACGGUGACUCUGAUUGCGGACAAGGACAUGACGUGCCUGAGCAAUAUGGAUGUUGCGUCGGAGACCGAUGUAAAGGACGGUGCGAAGAAGGCCGUCAAGUUCAACACUUCGCCCCUCAUGUCCACUUAUCUGGUUGCCUUCAUUGUGGGACACCUCAACUAUGUCGAGACCAAGAACUUCCGCGUUCCCAUUCGUGUCUACGCUACACCUGACCAGGAUAUCGAGCACGGCCGCUUCUCCCUCGAGCUUGCUGCCAAGACUCUGGCUUUCUACGAGAAGGCCUUUGACAGUGAUUUCCCGCUCCCGAAAAUGGACAUGGUGGCAGUGCCCGACUUCAGCGCCGGAGCCAUGGAGAACUGGGGUCUGAUCACCUACCGUAUCGUCGAUCUCCUGCUUGAUGAGAAGAACAGCGGCGCUUCGCGUAAGGAGCGAAUCGCCGAGACUGUUCAGCACGAAUUGGCCCACCAGUGGUUCGGUAACCUGGUGACCAUGGAUUUCUGGGAUGGCCUCUGGCUCAACGAGGGCUUCGCUACCUGGAUGUCUUGGUACUCGUGCAACGCCUUCUAUCCCGAGUGGAAGGUCUGGCAGACAUACGUCAUUGAUAACCUGCAGAGUGCUCUGGCCCUCGACUCGUUGCGCGCCUCCCACCCUAUCGAGGUGCCCGUCAAGCGUGCUGAUGAGAUCAACCAGAUUUUCGAUGCUAUCUCUUACUCCAAGGGCUCCUCCGUGCUGCGCAUGAUCUCCAAGUACCUCGGCGAGGAUGUCUUCCUCCAGGGUGUUCGCAACUACAUCAAAAAGCACGCCUAUGGAAACACCGAGACUGGUGACCUCUGGUCUGCUUUGGCCGACGCCAGUGGCAAGCCUGUCAAGUCUGUCAUGGAGAUCUGGACCAAGAACGUCGGCUUCCCUGUCAUCAGCGUGACCGAGAACCCUAAUUCCUCGUCCAUCAAACUGAAGCAAAACCGCUUCCUGCGUACCGGUGACGUCCGUCCGGAGGAGGACCAGACUCUGUAUCCCUGCAUGCUUGGAUUGCGUACUAAGCAGGGUGUUGAUGAGAACACCAUGCUGACUGAGCGUGAGCAUGAAUUCAAGGUUCCUGAUCUGGAUUUCUUCAAGGUCAAUGCUGACCACUCUGGCAUCUACCGUACCUCCUACUCCCCCGAGCGCCUCACCAAGCUGGGUCAGGCUGCCAGGGAUGGCUUGCUUACUACCGAGGAUCGCGCCGGUCUGAUUGCCGAUUCGGGUGCCCUGGCUUCAUCUGGUUACCAGAAGACCUCCGGCCUGCUCUCGCUGCUCAAGGGCUUGGACACCGAGACCGAGUUCAUUGUUUGGAACGAGAUGCUCACCCGCAUUGGCGUUCUCCGUGCUGCCUGGAUCUUCGAGCCCACCGAAACUACGGAUGCUCUCCUGACCUUCCAGCGUGAGCUGGUCUCGGCCAAGGCCCACGAGCUGGGAUGGGAGUUCUCCGAAAAGGAUGGCCACGUUCUGCAGCAGCUCAAGGCUCUCGUAUUCGGCUGCGCUGGUCACGCCGGCGACCCCGUCGUCCUCAAGGCUGCACAGGACAUGUUUGCCCGCUUCGCUGCUGGCGAGCACUCUGCAAUUCACCCCAACAUCCGCGGCAGUGUUUUCAGCAUUGCUCUGAAGUUCGGCGGCGCCAAGGAGUACGAGGUCGUUCUCGACCGCUUCCGCCAUGCUGCUACCUCCGAUGAGAAGACCACUGCUCUGCGCUGCCUUGGUACCGCUGAAGACCCGGCUCUCAUCAAGCGGACUCUCGACCUGGCAUUGGGUGAUGAGGUUAGAAACCAGGAUAUUUACAUGCCCCUGGCCGGUCUCCGCAACCAUGCAACAGGUAUUGACGCUCGCUGGACUUGGAUGAAGGAGAACUGGGACAGUAUCUACAAGCGUCUGCCGCCAUCUCUUGGCAUGCUGGGCACUGUCGUGCAGCUCUGCUCCUCUAGCUUCUCCACAGAGGCCCAGCUGAAGGACGUCGAGGACUUCUUCGGUGCCAAGGACACCAAGGGCUUCGAUCGUGCCGUCGAGCAAAGCCUGGACGCCAUCCGCGCCAAGGUCAAUUGGCUGAAGCGUGACCGCGAGGACGUUGAGUCCUGGUUGAAGAACAAUCAGUAUCUCCAGAGCAAGCUGUGA